GUGCGUAGCGCCGGGAUACAAACACUGCGGAAGAUGAGGAAGAACUCACAGCCCUGAAAACAUAGCAUGAUUUCGAUAUCUUUAAAUUAAUUUAUUCACUUUAACCGAUUUAUAAAUUAAUUAAAGAAAUAUAAAUUAACGGAAAUUUAACUAUGGCGUCAAAUACGCCGGGACAAGGGUUUCCGAAUAAAAACCGAGUGGCGAUUUUGGCCGAGUUGGAUAAAGAGAAGAGACGCCUGAUCCAGAGUCAGUCCAUGAACAAUCCGGGAGCCAGUAUUCCGCUUUCCAGACCGCCGGUGAAGGAAUUUCGGGAUCACGCGGAGCAGCAGCACAUCGCCGCGCAGCAGAAAGCAGCUUUACAGCACGCGCACGCUCACUCUUCAGGCUUCUUCAUCACACAAGACUCCUCGUUUGGAAACCUGAUCCUUCCCGUGUUGCCUCGACUCGAGGCAGAGUGACGCUGAAACAAAACACAACAAAACAAGUGACACUUUAAAGAGACUUUUGUCCUUCUACAGAAAAUCCUCCGCCAUUUAAACUCCACGUCGGCGGGUUUUAAACGCAGAAGAUCUCCGUGAGCUCCACCCCGAUUCUACGGUUUUUGUAUUUCAUAUCAAAUACAGAAAAGUCGACCUGCUGUGAAACACGCAGGAAGAAACGGACAUGAUUCGAUUCUAAACAGUUUGUAGUAACAUUAACCGUUUGUUUAAAAACAAUUCUGUUCAAUUACAGAUCCUUCUUUAAUGCAGUUUGAGUUAUUGAUCAGUUCAGACAAGGCUGUGUUCGAAGUCAUGUUAGUCUGCUAUUUAAACUAACAACCAAAACAAAUCUGUGUCUGAAAACGAGGAGACUGUUUUAUUUGUUCUUUAAAUUCAUUGUAAUUAAACCCUUAAUUGAAAUGUA